CAAAUUUAGUAGGAGAAAAUAAAAUCAAAUUACUAACGAUUCUCAAACUUAUGAUACUAACACUCCUCCGUACAAAGAAGGCAUGAAUAUCGAGCAUGCCAAGUUUGGAAAGUAGGUAGAUAAACUGAUUCAUCCCAAGAGAUGCAGUGAAGAGGUAUACAAGUUGAUAGUCAUAAUAGAUCUUUUGGGGAUCAAUUUUAGAGGGAUGGAUGAACUCAUAAGUGAAAUCACACAAUUUAUUUGAACGUGCUUUGUGCGCUCAUGAAAAAUCGAAUAGGCAACAAUAUGAAAACAACUUUAAUUCCAGCAAGACCUUAAAGUAUCACAAGUUGAUUUAUUGUAGCAUUUUGGACAUGAUACCACCAUAUCUUGAGAACAUUAUGUUGUCUUGUUGUAAACUAAUUAUGUUAUUUACCUCCUUGAGCAAGGAUUACAUACAAGCAAGUAUUAUAAAAAAAAACAAGUGAGCUUAGUGGAACACUCAAUUUUCUAGAUACUCAUUCAAGAGUAGCUCUAAUGAACAACCCAUAGACCACCCAUCCUUAAAGGUAUAAAUAAACUAUAAACUCUUUCCAUUUUUCCUUCUCUAACUCUCUUUCUUUUAUAUACACAUUAGAUAUGUCAUUUUAUGCUUUUGAGUCAUGCACCUUGGCUUUCCUUUCUCAAGUUAUCUUUUCUUUAGGGUAGUUUCACUAACUGUUGCUUGAAGGGUUCUGAGAAGAGGUUGUAACUAUUUUCCCUUGUUAUUAAUUGGGAAUAAAAGUUAUCUUCCCUUUUAAUUAUUUUCUUGAUCAUAAGUUCAUAACCAUCAAGUCCUCAACCCUAAGCAAUUUGUUGGGCCUCACCGUCCUCUUUGCUGGGUCACAUCUAUCGGCCAUCAUUUUUGCAAACCAGAGCGUCUUAUUGGGCCUGACUUGGCUAUCACCUAAACCCAUACCCCGUACUAUAUUUCAAAAAGCCCAUAGACGUCAGCCCAAUAGUCCAGCAGGCCAUCUUCCCUGUUCUCUCUCCCACGCGUGACCUCGGCGAGCCACGCGCCAGUCGCCCAAAACCCUAGAGGAAAGAAAGAGACUUUGCCGGGGAGCGGAAGCGGAGUCAAAACCUCGCAAGCUGACUCUCUCUCUCGCAUUAUAAAUUCAGCUCUCAUAAACCCUUUUUCUUCCUCCCGCUCCUCCGCCUCCUUUUAGCCUCGUUAAACCCUAAAACUCCUUUCCUCCCUCCCGUCGGUUCUCUUCAAAGUCCAUCACCAUGUCUUCCUCAAUGGAGUUUUGGGGUGUUGAGGUUAAGGCUGGGAAGCCACUUAAAGUGACUCCUGAGGACGAUGUCAUCCUCCAUCUCUCCCAUGCGGCACUUGGCGAGGCAAAGAAGACCAAGGAGAGUGAGUUUGUGCCUCUUUUCAUCAAAGUAGGCGAGAAGAAGCUUGUUUUGGGAACCCUCUCUCCUGAAACCAUUCCCCAGUUGGCGUUUGAUCUUGUCUUGGAGCAGGAGUUUGAACUAUCCCACAACUGGAAGAAUGGGAGCAUCUUUUUCACUGGCUACAAGUCGGUUCUCCCUGAUGAUGGAUAUCCUUUUUAUCACCUGCUGUUUUUAAGUGAGGAGUUUUCUGAUUUUGGUUCUGAGGAUGAGUCAGAGGACGAAGAAGAGGAGGUCCCAGUGGUGAAGGCAGAGAACGGUAAAGUUCAGAAGGCUAAGCCUGCUGCUCCUGCUAAGGCUGCGGCUGCCAAACCCGAAGCUGCAAAACCCAAAGCUAAAGCUGCUGUUGUGCCUGCUAAGCCUGAGAAUGAGUCUGAUGAUUCAGAUGAUGAUUCCGAAGGCGAUGAAGAUGAAUCUAGUGAUGAUGGAGAGGACAUGUCUGUUGAUGCUGGUGCUGAUUCAGAUGACGAUGAAGAUGAUUCAGAUGACAGUGAAGACGAGGAGACCCCAACCCCAAAGAAGCCGGAGCAGGGUAAGAAGAGGUCCAAUGACUCUGCUGUGAAAACACCCGUCCCUGCCAAGAAGGCCAAACAGGCCACACCUGCAAAGUCUGAUGGCAAGAAGGCUGUACACACAGCCACCCCUCACCCUGCCAAGAAUGUCGCGAAGACUGCAGGUAGUGCUGCGAAGACUCCGAAAUCAGGUGGCGAGUUCUCUUGCAAGUCCUGCGACAGGUCGUUUGGAACCGACGGUGCUCUCCAGUCUCAUGCCAAGGCCAAGCACACUGCCAAGUAAAGAUGGUUAAGGGGAAUUAGUUACUAAAGGGUCAAGGGAUGGUAAAUGAGAGGUUUUUGUUCGUGGGAGAGAACUUGUGGGAAUGGAUGGAUGUAUGCGAGAAAGUGAUUUUGGGUAUUUGUUGGCUGGCACAGCAUUUGCGGAUGUUAAAACAAGUUUUUGAUUCUGAUGCAUUGAGUAGUAGGUUCACUUAAUUCAGAAUUGUCUACCUUUUAUCUUAUCCUGCUCUAUGAUCACCAUGUUUGUAGCAGAUUGCCAAACAUAAUUCCAGAGAAGCAUUAAGGCUAAAAGAGACUGCAUGUUAUAAUCCAAACUUCCAAUGAGUAAUAUAUCCAGUUACAUUUUGAUAGAACACAAUACGUAGUAUCUUAGAAAGAAACACACUAAAAAAAAAGGAAGCCCUGAAGUAGUCCCCCGAAAAGAAGAUAUUCCAACUGUGGCAGCUCGUUCCAGACUCCAAACUUCCCCUGCAGGCUGUAACAUUGGGUCAAACCAGUCAGUCACCAAUCUAUAAUCUGUUCCUCGUUGAUUGUAAGUCGUCCAGCCAACACCUCCAACCAAAAACCACCUGUAAACAAAGUUGAUCAUAGGGCGAUUAUUCAACGAAGCAAAGUAUUGUUUUGGAGUAGCAGGGAUUCCUGAAACCUGCAAAAACUCGUUAACAUGUCAAGUAUUUCCUCUUGUAAUGCAAUAAAUACACAAGGAUUUGGAUCAGUGAAGAUAAAAAACCGAAUGUAUG